UCUUAUUAUUUAGAAUCCUAGACUAAAGAAAGAAGCUCUCGAAGAUUUUAACAAUUCUAAGGUGCUUUGAAGUAAUCGAUUAUUAUUUGGAAAAAUUUUUGAAGAUUCGAUGAUAAUUUGAAGGAUUCUUGGAUGGUUUGUUUUCGAGUGAUGGGUUUGAAAUCCGCCAGCAAGUGGACAUGCGGUUGCCACGUGGCGACGCAUGAAACCUGUAUCUGUUGCUUGUUUCUAUUCGUCGACUUAUCGUACAGAGUUUGACAAUAAUCAACAGAUUCUGUGAAGUGUUUGGCUGUGAAGAAAAUCCCUAAAUUCCACAUGGAAAAAAACUCCCAAGACAAGCAAGAGAUGGAUCAGCAAAGAGAGCAGUUGGGUAAGGAAGCAUCCGAGGUUAAUGCAUUGAAACGUGUUUCUGAUGAUAUCAUCCCUCACAUUCUCAACUUAUAUGGGGCAUGUGCUGCACCUCGUGAUUUUGAAAUCUAUGCUCCAGAUGCAACAUUUGAGGACCCACUUAUGUGCGCUCAUGGAGUGAAGCAGAUUAAAUCAGCAUUCUAUUCGCUUUCCAAGGUAUUUAAUGAGUCAAAAAUUGUGGAAUACAGCAUCAAAGAAAAUCUAAUUUCACCUGAAAAGACAGAGAUAUUAAUGGACAACAAGCAACACUAUAAGUUCUUGGGGAGAGGCAUAGAUAUGAUAUCACUCAUCAAGCUGCAUGUUGAGGGAGGCAAAGUCGUUCGCCAUGAAGACUGGUGGGACAAAAAGCCCCUGUUGAACAGAGAGACAGCUAAGCUGCCAUUGGUUGGCCGAAUUGUGGAAAUGACUCGCAGGGGUUCAAUGCUGGUAACUCAUGUGAUGAUGAGGUUUGGGAAGGAUCCAACCGUGUAAACCACUUUAAAACCAAAGCCAGAGAUAUAAAUUGUGUUUUGUUCAUGCUUAGGUGUGUGUAUUUGUGUAAUCUGUGUUUUCUUCUUUCUUAGGGAUGAUAUAUAAGUGAAACAUUGUGCAACUCUGCUUAUGUUCAUGAUUUAUAAGUGAAACAUUGUUAGGACA